AUGCAGUCAGGAGCGACUGAAGCUUUGGCGCAGUUGGCGAAAAGAGAGGAAAAUGCGUGGCCGUCGCUGGCAGGAGGCUUGGUAAAGAGAGUUAACAUUCCCAUUAACAGCACGACACCACCUGCAUUGGUGGCUGCCAUCCAGCAUGAUCCAUUCAAGAACUCUGCAAAGUAUGGCUUAUUGUUCGUCUACAUUGGAAUCAUUCUCUUGCUCAGUGCGACAUUGAUGCGAUUAUACUACUACUGGGGCGAUAAGAUCCGGACGGCCUUGUACAAGGAAGAAAUCAUCAAUUCCGCCCUUUCUGCAUCUGCCACGAGUCCUAUGAACUACUUGCCCACGCGUGGCUACACCGAUUACGAACUACCCAGUGCCUACAGUGCGCAAACAGAUGGCUCAACGAGGCACUUCUUUCCAAGUAAGGGUCCGCUCGUCCCAGAGAAACCCAGACAACAAGCAGCUGUUUCCGCCAUCGCACCAUUAAACAAUACCAUCGCUGUCUUUAGAUGGAUCUUCUACCGACCCAUCCCGGCCUUGAACGUCGGAAAGUCCAGGUUCACUUUUCCGUCUCUGGGCGUCUUUGUGAUCAUCACAAUCUCGUUACUGGCUUCGUUACUCUACUGCUUCCUCCCUCGGCCAUUGUUCUACGCAUCGAUGUCUUAUGGGUCACCACCUAUGGCGGUUCGAGCGGGUAUGAUGUCGGUGUCCCUGCUCCCCUGGUGUGUAGUACUAGCAACAAAGGCGAACCCAAUUUCAUGGAUGACUGGGAUUGGUCAUGAUCGGCUCAUCGUCCUGCAUCGCUGGACUGCCUAUCUUUGUGUCAUCUUCGCCAUUAUUCAUGCUGUACCUUACUGGUAUCAGUCGGUCAACGAUCCAGAGGGCUUUGCAACGUUUAAGCUCUACUUCAACCAAAAGUGGUAUAUCUUCACCACCGGCAUUGCAGCCAUUGCACCUCUGCUAUUCCUCGCACUGCACUCUCUUCCGAUUUUCCGAGCCAAGAUGUACGAGGUCUUCGUUAUCCUACAUAUCCCUGUGGCAUGGGCUUUCAUUGGACUCCUGUUUUGGCAUUGCAACAACUACCUCCGAUCUUGGGCUUACCUCUACUCGACAAUCGCUUUGAUGAUUGUGUCCUUGUUCGCUCGACUGUUCUUCCUGAACUGGAUGAAUCCGUUCCGCUCUUCUUGGCUCAUCGGAGAAGAGUCUGCAGUGACAAUCCUGCCCGAGAAUGCCGUCAAAGUCACCAUUCCCACUCAAAAGCGUUGGCGUCCCGGCCAAUACGCAUACCUGAGAAUGCCUGGUGUGUCGGUACUAGAAAAUCAUCCUUUCACCAUAGCAUCUCUUUGCAGCGAAGACUUCCCUUCCCAGUACGGAGAGCAAUAUCGCGAUAUGACACUAGUGUUUCGCCCGUUCUCAGGCUUUACUCGCAGAGUUCUCGACACCGCCGUCAAGAAGGGGCCAUACAAGACAUACAGAGCCUUCGUCGAUGGACCGUAUGGUGGCAUGCAACGCCAAAUGGCCUCUUUCGACCAGGUCGUCUUCUUCGCUGGCGGAAGCGGCAUCACCGCCAUCGCCAGUCAGCUACUUGACCUGAUCAAACGAAUGCGCGAUGGCAAAGCAACAACGUCCAAAGUCAACGUUAUCUGGGCCAUGAAGCGGCCCGACAUCAUGGAAUGGUUCAAGGAAGAACUCCGCAUCUGCAGAGAAUGCGCCCCUCCCGGCUCCGUUCAAUGCCAUUUCUACAUCACCGCGGCCAAGCGCUAUGAACCAGGCCUUCCGGAGAUUAAAGAGCACCGUCUCAGCGGGAUAAGGGACAAGAUCUCCGACGCCAUCCACAGCGCCGGGAGCAAGCGCAACUCGGCCAUGAUGAUAAUGGACGCGGAACCCGACCUGAAGAAGGAGUUUGAGGACCAAAUCACGGCCCUCCCUCAAGCCUACCUCACGGGGCCACGACACCUGGCCCCACCUGGCGCCGACCAGCAGCAGCAUCAGCAGCACCAGCAGCAGCAACAACAACAACAACAACAACAUCCUCAUCAUCCCCAGACAUACUUCCCGCCUCCUCCGAAAGAGGCACGCAUGUCCACCAUCUCACAGGCACAGAUUGAAGCGACACGUGCCUUUGACUUUGGCUUUCCCCAGACACCGACCAAAUUCCAGAAGAACCUGAUGCGCUUCGCCUUCCUGCCGACCGGCGUGUCGAACCGCCGCGACGGCUGGCGCACAGAGUAUGGCCGCCCGGACAUCCCGUACAUGCUCAAAGGUCUGAGCAAGGAGUUCGGCCGUCGGACGUGCGUGUACGUGUGCGGGCCCCCAGAGAUGCGAACAGAUGUCGCCAACACGGUAGCCCGACUACAACGCGACGUAUGGAGCGACAGCGGCAAGGACGAGAUAUUCCUCCACGCCGAGAACUAUGCUCUCUGA